GGACCCAAGCUUCUUCUCUGUACAAACGCAUCGAAGAUAGCGAGACCAAGUCUCUCUCUCUCUCUCUCUCUUAUCCGCAGCCUUUGAAACCCUAGAAACCUCGGAUUCAGAGCUGAGAAAUCGCCGGAAAGAGCUUGAAUUUCGAGGGAUAUAAGGUUGUUUUGAGCAUUUCUGAGCUUGGAGUGUGUGAUUUGGGCUUAAUUGGGUUGUUUCUUUGGUGGGUUUUGAAGCUUUUUUUCUCUGUCUCUCUUUGUUUGAGCUGUUUUUGUUUUGGUUGUUUGGGGGUUUUGGGCUUUGUUUGUUGGGUUUUUUUGGCUGGGAAAGAUGUCAUCUUUGAGCAGAGAAUUGGUGUUUCUCAUACUUCAAUUCCUUGAGGAGGAGAAGUUCAAGGAGUCUGUGCACAAGCUUGAGAAAGAAUCAGGGUUUUUCUUCAACAUGAAGUACUUUGAGGAAAAAGUUCAGGCUGGAGAGUGGGAAGAAGUCGAGAAGUAUUUAUCAGGAUUUACCAAAGUCGAUGAUAAUAGAUACUCCAUGAAGAUAUUCUUUGAAAUCAGGAAGCAGAAGUAUCUUGAAGCACUUGAUCGGCAAGACAAGGCAAAGGCUGUUGAAAUAUUAGUGAAUGAUUUGAAAGUUUUCUCAACAUUCAAUGAGGAAUUGUACAAAGAAAUCACUCAGCUUUUAACUCUUAGCAAUUUCAGGGAAAAUGAGCAGCUGUCCAAGUAUGGUGAUACCAAAACAGCUCGUAGCAUAAUGUUGAUUGAGCUUAAAAAACUCAUAGAAGCAAAUCCCCUGUUUCGUGAGAAGCUUGUUUUCCCUACUCUGAAGUCAUCAAGACUUCGGACUUUAAUAAACCAAAGUUUGAAUUGGCAGCACCAGCUUUGCAAGAACCCAAGGCCAAACCCAGAUAUUAAAACUUUAUUCACAGACCACACUUGUUCACCUCCAAAUGGUCCUCUUGCACCAACACCUGUCAAUCUCCCAGUCACUGCAGUUGCAAAGCCUGCUGCUUAUUCCUCACUUGGAGCUCAUGGUCCCUUUCCACCCACUGCAGCAGCUGCCAAUGCUAAUGCUUUAGCUGGUUGGAUGGCCAAUGCCUCUGCUUCAUCUGUCCAAGCUUCUGUUGUUACUGCAUCAUCCAUACCUGUUCCACAGAAUCAAGUUCCAAUCUUGAAACGUCCAAGAACACCUCCAGCAGCUUCAGGUAUGGUGGAUUAUCCGAGUACUGAUCAUGAACAACUAAUGAAACGGUUGCGGUCUGCUCAAUCUGUUGAGGAGGUCACAUAUCCGACCACUCGACAGCAAGCUCCUUGGUCACUGGAGGACCUGCCUAGAGCAGUAGUUGUAACACUGCAUCAAGGAUACACUGUCACAAGCAUGGAUUUUCAUCCUUCUCAUCACACAUUGCUACUUGUUGGUUCUAGUAAUGGUGAAAUUACCCUCUGGGAAGUUGCCUCGCGUGAGAGGUUGGUUUCAAAGCCAUUCAAGAUAUGGGAAAUAGCGUCCUGUUCAUUGGGGUUUCAGGCUUCUGUUACCAAAGAUACACAGAUAUCUGUCAGCCGAGUUACGUGGAGUCCAGAUGGAAAUUUUGUGGGGGUUGCAUUUACCAAGCAUUUGAUUCACCUGUAUGCCUAUCAUGGAUCAAAUGAUCUUCGCCAAAAUUUAGAGAUUGAUGCCCAUAUUGGAGCUGUGAAUGACUUGGCCUUUGCCCAUCCAAAUAAACAACUAUGUCUUGUGUCCUGUGGAGAUGACAAGCUGAUAAAGGUGUGGGAUUCGGCAGGGCGAAGACUAUUUGUCUUUGAAGGUCAUGAGGCGCCAGUAUAUUCCAUCUGUCCUCAUCACAAGGAGAAUAUUCAGUUCAUAUUUUCAACAGCUUGUGAUGGAAAAAUAAAGGCCUGGCUAUACGACAAUAUGGGUUCUAGAGUUGAUUAUGAUGCUCCUGGACACUGGUGUACUACAAUGCUUUACAGUGCUGAUGGAAGUAGGUUGUUCUCUUGUGGGACAAGUAAAGAUGGGGAUUCUUUUCUAGUUGAAUGGAAUGAAAGUGAAGGAGCAAUAAAGAGGAGUUAUAUUGGGUUUAGAAAGAAAUCAGCAGGUGUUGUGCAGUUUGACACAACUCAGAAUCACUUCUUGGCUGCUGGUGAGGAUAGCCAAAUAAAGUUUUGGGAUAUGGACAAUAACAAUAUUCUCGCUAGCACGGAGGCCGAUGGUGGGCUCCCGAGCCUUCCUCGCUUGAGAUUUAACAAGGAAGGGAAUCUUCUCGCUGUUACAACAGCAGACAAUGGAUUCAAGAUACUUGCAAAUGCUGCUGGUCUCAGAUCUUUAAGACCCAUUGAACCCCCAUCUUUUGAAGCAUUGAGAUCGCCCAUUGAAUCGGCUGCAGCCAAGGUAUCUGGCUCUCCUGCCAUAACAAAUGUCAAUCCAGUCAAUUGCAAAGUGGAAAGGAGCUCUCCUGUCAGGCCUUCUCCAAUUAUUAAUGGAGUUGAUCCAAAUGGAAGAAGCAUGGAAAAGCCAAGAACCAUGGAGGAUGUAACUGAUAGAACCAAACCUUGGCAGUUGUCUGAAAUUGUGGAUGCUGUCCAGUGCCGAUUAGUUACCUUGCCAGAAGGCACAGAUUCUUCGAGCAAGGUUGUUCGACUUCUAUAUACAAAUUCUGGCAUUGGGGUUUUGGCACUUGGGUCAAAUGGUGUUCAGAAGCUGUGGAAAUGGACACGGAACGAACAAAAUCCAAGCGGAAAGGCCACUGCCAAUGUUGUUCCUCAGCACUGGCAACCAAACAGUGGUCUUCUUAUGGCUAAUGAUGUCUCAGGUGUCAACCUUGAAGAAUCAGUACCAUGUAUAGCACUAUCAAAAAAUGACUCAUAUGUGAUGUCAGCCUGUGGUGGAAAGGUUUCAUUAUUUAAUAUGAUGACAUUCAAGGUAAUGACAACAUUCAUGGCAGCACCCCCUGCUUCUACCUUCCUAGCAUUUCAUCCUCAAGAUAAUAACAUCAUAGCUAUUGGAAUGGAGGAUUCAACUAUACACAUAUAUAACGUUAGAGUUGAUGAGGUAAAAUCAAAACUGAAGGGACACCAGAAGCGGAUAACUGGUUUAGCUUUUUCAACGAAUCUUAAUAUCCUAGUUUCUUCAGGGGCUGAUGCUCAACUUUGUGUGUGGAGCAUUGACACAUGGGAGAAGAGGAAGUCAUUUACAAUCCAAAUACCUGCUGGAAAGGCAACUGUCGGCGACACUCGAGUACAGUUCCACUCUGACCAAACGCGCUUGCUGGUAGUCCAUGAGACACAGUUAGCUAUAUAUGAUGCCUCAAAGAUGGACCGUAUACGGCAGUGGGUCCCACAAGAUGCACUGUCUGCACCCAUUUCUUAUGCAGCAUACUCUUGCAAUAGUCAACUAGUUUAUGCUACCUUUUCCGAUGGCAAUAUUGGGGUGUUUGAUGCUGAUAGUCUGAGACUAAGAUGUCGUAUUGCCCCAUCAGCAUACUUGUCCCAGGCAGCUUUAAAUGGAAGCCAAUCUGUGCACCCUCUUGUUGUUGCGGCAAAUCCACUGGAUCCCAACCAAUUUGCUGUUGGGUUGACUGAUGGAUCUGUAAAGGUUAUAGAGCCAACAGAAUCAGAGAGGAAGUGGGGUUCAAGUCCACCAAUGGAUAAUGGGAUACCAAAUGGCAGGACAGCAUCAUCAUCUAUCGCAAGCAACCACACACCCGAUCAGACAGAAAGAUGAGAUCCCAUGUAUUUUACAUAGUGAUGUUAAUCCCAUCUGUAUUUUAUCAGUAUAGAUUUUUAGGUUUUUAUUCCACCAUUUGUUCCUUGUCAAAGAUAAGCUUGGACAAAAAAUGUUAAUGGUUAGAAAUACAUUCUUGUAUACGUAAUUUGUUGUAGUCAACUCAUAAAAUGAAUUGUAUCUUGUAGUAAUAUCCUGUUCCUCGGAACAGUUGUAAUGUAUUUAUUCUUCCUUUCCUCA